CCAGCUCCCAGCGCCAUGGAGGCGUGUGUUCUGCGUAGGCCCUGCCUCUUGCACCCCUCCCACCCCUCCCGGUGCGGAGUGGCGUCCAGAGCAGGCAGGGCAGGCUGCGGGAUGCCUCACGCAACACAGCUGUACCAGCAUGUACCAGAGAAACGCUGGCCCAUCGUGUACUCACCACGUUACAACAUCACCUUCAUGGGCUUGGAGAAGCUGCACCCCUUUGAUGCUGGGAAAUGGGGCAAGGUGAUCAACUUCCUGAAAGAAGAGAAGCUGCUGUCCGAUGGCAUGCUGGUGGAGGCUCGGGAGGCCUCGGAGGAGGACCUGCUGGUGGUGCACACGAGGCGCUAUCUCAACGAGCUGAAGUUCCUGUUUGAACGCGUGGAAGGCAUCUCCAGAGCCACCAUCAUUGAUCUCGAUGCCCACCAGGGCAAUGGGCAUGAGCGAGACUUCAUGGGUGACAAGCGAGUAUACAUCAUGGAUGUUUACAACCGCCACAUCUACCCUGGGGAUCGCUUUGCUAAAGAGGCCAUCAGGCGGAAGGUGGAAUUGGAGUGGGGCACAGAAGAUGAGGAAUAUCUGGAGAAGGUGGAGAGGAAUGUCAGGAGGUCCCUCCAGGAGCACCUGCCUGACGUGGUGGUGUACAACGCGGGCACGGACGUGCUGGAGGGAGACCGCCUCGGGGGGCUGUCCAUCAGCCCAGCGGGCAUUGUGAAGAGGGAUGAAGUGGUUUUCCGCGUGGUCCGAGCCCACGAUAUACCCAUCCUCAUGGUGACCUCGGGUGGGUACCAGAAGCGCACAGCCCGUAUUAUCGCCGACUCCAUCCUCAACUUGCAUGACCUGGGGCUCAUUGGGCCUGAGUUUCCCUGCGUCUCGGCACAGAACUCGGGCAUCCCCCUGCUUUCCUGUGCUGUGCCUUGACGGCUACUCACAGAACAUUGUCAUACCUGCCCCCCACCCCAUCCACCCGCCCACCCGCCUGUGUUUGUUGCUGUGAAGACAGCUGCCAGUGAGCGUGGAGGGGCAGGAAGAGCAGGAGCCAGCCUUGCUGGCCGCUCCUCCACUCCCCACCAGGUGCCCAAGGGUCUCUGGGCCUUGGGGUGGAAGAGCUGAGUCCCAGGGAGGAGCCCAUGUGGGAAGCAGGCAGGCCAUCAAGAGUCAGGGAGGACAGUUUAGCUCCAGCCACAGGGAGGGGCCUCUGGAGUAGAGUCGUUUGCAGUCCAUAUUAGCCAGAAGAAGGGCCCUCCCUGACCUGGUUGGCUUACUUCCUCACUUCAGUCUGGGGAGGUCCCUCUGGACGUUGGUGCCCGUGGGUCUGAGGAAAGUUUCCAUAGCCAGCCUCCAGGGGGCACUGGGUUCUCAGCUAACAGGUAGUAGUCCUGGUAUGNAUUUGAAGGCCUAAGGAAGGAAGCUGGGAUUCUCCNGUUUGGGUUCCCCUCAAUAAGUCAAGGUCCAGACAGACCUGUUUUUCCAAGCCCCNCUAUGAUGAUGGGGUUGAANAUUGAGGAUGCCCAAGGCCCCCAACUUAUCUCCUCUGUUCAGCAUGGAAACACGUUUGGGAUGAGUGUUUAGCUCAGGAGUGACCCUCCAAACUGGAGUUUUUAAGGGUCUGCUGACCAGGAUGGAGAGACAGCAAGGCCCUGCAGACAGGAAUGAGAUGGAGGCUGGUGGCCAAGCUAGUCCUAGGUGGGGCUUGCUAGAGGGAGGGCAGCGAAGGUAACAUCUAGGUACAGUGGCCCCACAGACCUUAAGUGAGCUACAAUCUCCAUUGGGCUCACCCAAAGUGCCCAAUUUUCAUCUUUGUCUGUGGCCCCAAGGUCUACCUGCCCUCUGGCCAUUCAACCCUGAAGGGACAGCUAGGGCCCUCCGUGAUGUAGGCAGGAAAGCAGCCACCCCUAGCCAGAGAUUGGCAGCAUAACCAAAGGCACAGGGGUAAGAGGAUGUGGGCCAGCUGGGUUUCCUCCUGCCCUGGAUCUGCCCCAACUACAGGACUCAUAUUCAUUACCAUGUGGGGUAUUCCCACAGCCUUCAUAGUGUCCUUCAUACUCCCUCUGCUGGAGUCGGGAGGAUGCCAGAGUCACCAGUUGUCUAAACCACUGACCUGGACCAAACCCCACAGUACUAAUAGUGCAGCGCCACACCUCUCUGCCAUGGCCUCUCUGCUUCUAACUGGAGGUACCUNCCAGGACAUUGGGGAGUGGUGACAGCACAGUUUUGUCAUUGUGGAGUUUGUCUGAGUGCCAUUCAGGCUCCAGGCUGUUGCUGUGUGUUCUGAGGUAGACAGACCUGCCUCCUGAGGACCACUGGAAAUAAAGAUUCAAAAUUCACCAAUCCAGACACUUAA